AUGGCCUCCUACAUCGACACCUCCCUCGCCGAGGCCCAGCCCGCCCCCGAACUCCUCGGCGAAGUCAAGAAGCCCAAGAAGAAAAAGGUCCUGCUCAUGGGAAAGUCUGGCUCCGGCAAGUCAAGCAUGAGGAGUAUUAUCUUUAGCAACUACAUUGCCCGCGAUACACGAAGACUGGGCGCAACUAUCGAUAUCGAUCUUUCGCACGUCAAGUUCCUCGGAAACCUCACCCUCAACCUCUGGGACUGCGGUGGUCAAGAGGCCUUUAUGGAGAACUAUCUCUCCCAGCAGCGCGUGCAUGUCUUUUCCAACGUCGGCGUGCUGAUUUACGUCUUCGACAUUGAAUCCCGCGACGUCGACCGUGAUCUCGCAACCUACGUCUCCAUCCUCUCUGCUCUACUUCAAUAUUCGCCCGCCGCAAAGAUUUAUAUCCUCAUUCACAAGAUGGAUCUCGUCGUACCUACGGCACGAGAGUCCGUUUACGACGAGCGCAUUCGGGUUGUGCGACAAAAGACGUUUGAGUAUGCGAAUUCAGUCGGUAUUUCUACAUCGUCGAUUGAGCUCACGCCUUUUGCGACGUCGAUUUGGGAUCAGAGCUUGUAUAAAGCUUGGGCGUCGAUUAUCCACGACCUCGUGCCUAACCUCUCCGUCAUUGAGCGAAAUCUCGCAAACCUAGGUCUCGCCAUCGAAGCUGAAGAGUUACUACUAUUCGAGCGCACAUCAUUCCUCGCCGUAUCAUCCUGGACAUCAUCUGAAGGACAACGAAACCCAACUGAGGAUCGACUAGAGCGCAUGUCCAACAUCAUGAAGCAUUUCAAGCAGAGUAUUUCCCGCUUCACCGGUACGCCGCGCAACGCCGAGCAGUUCAUCCGCAUGGAGCACAAGGCCGGCAAUCGAUUCAGUCUGUUUAUUCUCAAGUUCACGACAAACACGUAUCUCAUGGUUGUUCUCCCACCUGGAGAAGCUCGGUUCAACGCUGCCAUGCUCAAUUGUCAGAUCGCUAUUGAGCACUUCAGAUUUCUGGAUGGCCCCGCAACACCAGCUCCCAACACCGCCACUGCUGCCGCCUAA